AAAAAUUUUCCAGAGCAAUGGGUAUCGUUUCGGCAAACUUGAUUCUCCAGCUCCUGGGAAUAAUAAUUACGAUUUUUGGUACGAUAUAUCUUUAUUUGAAACAUGUCGCUUACCAUUACUGGAGUUCGAAGGGAAUCCUUCAGGUUGAACCUGCCGUUCCGUUCGGUAGCCUUUGGCCAGUCCUAACAGCAAAGAAAUCCGUGGGUCAACUGAUGAGCGAUCUGUACUUGAACUUCAGGAAGAACCGCAUCUUUGGAUUAUACUCGUUCCACAAGCCAACACUGAUGGUCUGCGACCCCGAGAUAAUCAAGUUUAUAAUGACGAAAGAAUUCACGGCUUUCCAAGACCGCGGUAUGUUUCACAACCAAAAAAAGGAUCCAAUAUCGGGCCACCUGUUCCUGCUUGGUGGUGCAAAGUGGAAACGCCUCAGAGCAAAGUUCACGCCGACUUUUACGACGGGAAAAAUAAAGCAGAUGUUCCCAACGGUCAAGGAAAUAGCAGACAACCUUAGCAAACGCAUGCAUGAAGAGAUCGAACAAAGCAGUGUCGUAGAAGUCAAGGAUCUGAUGGCCAGGUUUUCCACAGAUGUAAUAGCUUCGAUAGCCUUCGGGAUCGAAUGCAACAGCUUGGAUAACCCGGAAGCAGAAUUUCGUGUCUUCGGUCGGAAGUUCCUGGAGCCUCAACCCGUGAAAAAUACGUUGAUGUCGUUAUCCCCGACACUUAUGUCGUUGUUGAACUUCACGGUCGCUGAUGAGGGUACGACAAAGUUUAUAAUAAAGACCUUCAAGAAUACCGUCAAGUACAGAACAGAGAACAAUGUGGUUCGGAAGGACUUUAUGGACCUCGUUAUCCAGCUGAUGACCAAGGGCUACGUGACCUCUGAUGACGACAAAGAUACGAAUCGGAAUCCAGUGGCUGACAGUGAGAAGAUCAGUAUGCUAGAAGGAGCAGCUCAGGCCUUUGUAUUCUGGGUUGGCGGUUUCGAGACGUCUUCUUCGACUGCGACUCACUGUCUGUACGAGAUGGCGAUGAACCCGGAGAUCCAAGAGAAACUUGUUAGUGAAAUUGACACUGUUCUGGAGAAGGUUGGAGGUUUGACGUACGAUGCAAUCGCAGAGAUGCCCUAUCUUGACAAAGUGGUUUCAGAAACUCUCAGGAAAUAUCCUUCCUUCCCAGUCCUGAACAGAGCGUGCAACAGAGAAGUCGAGUUGCCAGGGACUGGAUUCGUUGUUCCAACCGGAACCCCGAUAAUCAUUCCCACGUUGGGGAUGCAUUGGGACCCUGACAUUUAUCCUGACCCGGAGAAAUUCGAUCCGGAACGAUUUAACGAGGAGAAUGUCGCCAAGAGACAUCGUUAUGCUUAUCUUCCGUUUGGCGAAGGCCCCAGGAAUUGCAUCGGUAUGAGGUUCGGCCUUUUCCAAACGAAAAUCAGUCUCAUCACCCUGCUUUCCAAGUAUCGUUUCAAACUGGCACCGGAAACCAAAGUACCCCUACCUGUGGAUACCGGAAAUUUCCUAUUCAUGUCAUUCGGUGGAGUGCCACUACGAGUCGAAGAACGUUACUUUCGUGAUACGAUGGGGCUUAUUUCAGCAAACUUUCUUCUUCAGCUUCUGGGAACGAUAAUUGCGAUCUCUUUUGCGAUAUAUCUUUACUUAAAACAUGUCGCAUACCAUUACUGGAGUUCAAAGGGAAUCGCGCAGUCUGAACCUAUGGUUCCGUUUGGUGUUAUAUGGCCGGUCUUAACAGCAAAAAAGUCUGUGGGGCAACUGAUGCGCGACCUAUAUUUAAAGUUCAGGAAGAACCGCAUCUUCGGAGUCUACUCGUUCCACAUACCGAACCUCGUGGUCUGCGACCCUGAGAUCAUUCGAUUCAUAAUGACGAAGGAGUUCACGGCGUUCCAGGAUCGCGGCAUGUAUCACAACGAACAGCUUGACCCAAUGUCAGGUAACCUGUUCCUGCUUGGUGGUCCGAAAUGGCGGCAGCUCAGGGUUAAGUUCACGCCAAUAUUCACGACUGGAAAAAUAAAGUACAUGUUCACCACGGUGAAGGCAAUUGCGGAUAACCUCAGCAAGCAGAUAGCCGAGGAGUCCAGCCAGAGCGACCUCGUUGAGGUCAAGGAUCUCAUGGCCAGAUUCUCCACUGAUGUAAUCGCCUCAGUCGCUUUCGGGAUCGAGUGUAAUAGCCUGGAGAACCCGGAAGCAGAGUUUCGCGCAUGGGGCCGUAAAUUCCUCCAGCCUCAACCAGUAAAAAACACCAUGAUGGCACUGUGUCCGUCGAUAAUGAUGAUGUUCAACAUCAAGUUUAUCGACGAAGGCGCUUCCAAUUUCAUAAUAAACGCCUUCAAGGACACCGUCGAAUAUAGAACGGCGAAUAAUGUGGUUCGAAAGGACUUCAUGGACCUCGUUAUCCAGCUGCUGACCAAGGGCUACGUCAACUCUGACGAUGGCAAGGACACGCAGCAGGAUUCAGUGACUGCAAACGAUAAGAUCACCAUGCUGGAAGGAGCUGCACAGGCCUUCGUAUUCUGGGUUGGCGGCUUCGAGACGUCUUCAUCGACCGCGACUCACUGCCUCUACGAGAUGGCAAUGAAUCAAGACAUCCAGGAUAAACUCGCCGAGGAAAUGAACAGGGUGCUGGAGAAGUUCGGGGGUUUGACGUACGACGCCAUCAUGGAAAUGACCUAUCUUCACAAAGUGGUUUCAGAAACGCUCAGGAAGUAUCCAUCCGUCCCAGUCCUGAACAGGGAGUGCAACAGGGAAGUCGAGUUGCCUGGGACCGGAUUCGUCGUUCCAGUUGGAACCCCGAUACUUUUCCCAGUAUUGGGAAUCCACUGGGACCCCGAAAUUUAUCCUUCCCCAGAGAAAUUCGACCCGGAACGUUUCACCGAAGAGAACAUCGCCAAGAGACAUCGUUAUGCUUACCUACCGUUUGGCGAAGGGCCCAGGAAUUGUAUCGGCAUGAGGUUCGGUCUUCUUCAAACAAAAAUCGGCCUGAUCACCCUGCUUUCGAAGUAUCGUUUGAAGCCAGGACCCGACACGAAAUCACCCUUGGUCAUGGACACCGGAAAUUUUCUACAAAUGCCGCUUGGCGGUAUGAAGCUCAGAAUCGAGGAAAGACGUUAGAUGACUAAGAAUAGUUUCGAUAUAAAUUUUCAA